UCUUUGUCUAUAAAUACAUAAAUCGCAUCGAACUUUAACUACACUGGAAACAUCCAUCACUAGUGUUGGAUAUAUUUCUAAAUAUUUUAGGUUAUUAUUAUUGAGAAAAAAAAAUGGCUAAGGCAAUCAAAUUCUUUGAGCUGAACACAGGGGCUAAGAUUCCUUCUCUUGGGUUAGGAACUUGGCAAGCUGAACCUGGUGUUGUAGCUAAAGCUGUAACCACAGCCAUUCAGGUUGGAUACAGGCAUAUUGAUUGUGCUAAAGCGUAUAACAAUCAAGCAGAGAUUGGAUCUGCACUUAAGAAGGUUUUUGAUGAGGGUGUGGUGAAGCGUGAGGACCUAUGGAUCACUUCCAAACUCUGGUGUUCAGAUCAUGCUCCAGAAGCUGUGCCAAAAGCGUUGGAUAAAACAUUACAAGAUCUGCAACUUGACUACCUUGACCUCUAUCUGAUCCACUGGCCAGUCAGCAUGAAAAGGGGAUCAGCCGGAUUCAAGAAAGAAAAUUUGGAUAAACCAGACAUUCCCAGCACAUGGAGAGCAAUGGAGGCACUCUAUGAUUCAGGCAAGGCUAGAGCCAUAGGAGUGAGCAAUUUCUCUACAAAGAAGCUUCAAGAUUUGUUGGAUAUAGCAAGAGUGCCUCCUGCUGUUAACCAAGUGGAAUUGCACCCUGGAUGGCAGCAGCCAAAGUUGCAUGCAUUAUGUGAAUCCAAAGGAAUUCAUCUAUCUGGAUAUUCUCCACUAGGCUCACCAGGAGUUCUGAAAAGUGACAUUCUUAAGAAUCCUGUUGUCACAGAGGUUGCAGAGAAAUUGGGGAAGACACCAGCACAAGUAGCCCUUAGAUGGGGCUUGCAAACAGGUCACAGUGUGCUUCCUAAGAGCACUACUGAGUCCAGAAUCAAGGAAAACUUUGAUGUCUUUGACUGGUCUAUUCCUGAAGACCUGAUGCCAAAGUUUUCUGAAAUUAAGCAGGAUAGGUUAAUUAAGGGCGAUUUUUUUGUUGACGAGACCUAUGGUGCUUAUAAGACAAUUGAAGAAUCUGGGAUGGUGAACUCUGAGCAAUAUGUUUCAUUUGAGAUAUCAAAUGCAAUGCUCCUAGAGCAACAGAUUCAUUGUGCUUCUUGCCUGUUACCAUCUUAAUGCUCCCAGUUUCAAGUAUAUUAGGAUUUUGAGGAGUGUUCUUAUUGAUGAUUGCACAGAAUAAAGUAAACAUAGACUUGUUUUUCAUUUAUAAUGAUUGUAUCGUUUAUUCAAUAUAAUAAAAUGAGAGCACUGAAUUUGACAGGUUUAGUAGCCAAAAUCAGUUGAUAUUCAUAUUCCUUCAUCUAGUCAAUUAAUGGUAUUAAUGUCAAUAUAUUGUGUUUAUAAUUAUGUGGUGCACUUGAUUAACCAAUGUUUGUAAUGAGAUGUGAAGGUUUUAAAUUA